AUGCCGUGCAAUUGUAAAGUUGAGGAAUCGAGUGCAUCCUCCCAACAUCAAAACGGAUGCGAGAUGAAUGCUCGUCGGAGUUCUGCUGGACAAAACGGCCACCAUCAACCACAUCGGAAGUCGUUUCAAGAUAAUGGUCACGGGGAACUGUGGGAGAACUACGCAGAUGAACCUGUAGAUCGUGAAACUGUUAGGUAUCCUGAUGGCACGGUACGUCUCCGGAACCCUAACAUCGAGCUAAUGGACCAAGAUAUAUUAUACCACUUGGCCCUCGGCAGUGGUUCUCACGAUCUUGUUGAAAUGUUCGGGGAUGUAAAGUUUGUGUGCAUGGGUGGCACCCCGAAGCGGAUGGAGCAAUUUGCGUACACAAUUAUGGCGGAGAUUGGUCACAAGCUACCGUGCGGAACCACACUCCAGGACAUCAGCCAGUUCUCGUACAGGUACUCCAUGUACAAAGUGGGGCCUGUGCUUUGUAUCAGUCAUGGUAUGGGGAUUCCAUCGGUGGGUAUUCUGCUGCACGAGGUUAUUAAGCUGAUGUACCACGCGAAGGUACGCGAUCCUGUGUUCUUCAGGAUCGGCACGUGCGGUGGUAUCGGCUACGAGGGCGGCACGGUUGUUAUCUCUGACGAGGCCGUUGAUGGUGCACUCAGGAACGUUCUAGAAUUGACGGUUUUGGGUAAGAACAUCCAAAGACCUGCGAAAUUGGACAAGAGGUUGGCGCGUGAACUGAAGGGCCUGGCUGAUCCCGAGGAUCCAUAUGAUACCGUCACCGGAAAGACUAUGUGCACAUACGACUUUUAUGAAGGUCAAGGUCGUCUGGACGGUGCGUUCUGCGAUUUCACGGAAGCUGACAAAAUGGAGUACUUAGAGAGCAUUCACAAGUCAGGCGUCGUCAACAUUGAGAUGGAAUCGCUUGCUUUCGCUGCGCUGACGCACCAUGCGGGCAUCAAGGCUGCUGUUAUAUGCGUCACUCUGCUCGAUAGACUGAGGGGGGACCAGGUUUUAGCGCCUAAGGAAGUAUUGGAUGAGUGGCAGCAACGACCAACGAAGCUUGUGUGCCGUUACAUCAAAAGAUAUCUUCAGAUGAAGGGUCGGCUGUCGCUGGAUGGACACGGUUCCAUUGCAGUGAAGAGCCCUCGCCGGUUCAAGCUGGUGCAGCAGGAGUCUGAGAACUACGACUAG